CAACGUCUGAAGGUCGGGUUAAGCGGAUAUUCGGAUGCGCUCAUUAAGCUUGGUCGAUCGUGUAUUUUUUAAAGAUAUCUAUACCAGCAACUCACGUAAUCUCUGCUUAUACGAUGUGGAUAAUGAUGGGGAUAAUGAAUUGAUAAUUGGCUCUUGGGAUUCUGGACCCUUACUGGAAAAUGGAGAAGCCAAUGCAGCAAAUAGUGAGGGUUCCGUCCAUGUACUAAAGUAUAGGAAGGUAUGGAAGGCAUCUUAUCAUCUUGGCAUGGUUUCGUGUGUUACGGCAGGUAGUAUAUACAAACCCGAUGAAACAUGGAUCAUAGCUUUGUGCGCUGAUUCACAUUGCUAUGCAUUUGAUGCUUGUGCUCUCGCUCCAGAAUCUGAAAAUAUUUCAAGUAAAUCUAAACAAAAAGUUAACGUUCAUGGUUCUUCAAAGCCUGAUCAAACUAUCAAAGCAGAAAUUGAUACAUUAAAAAUGGUUCAUCAUCAAGAAUUAGCUUACAAUGCCAAAGAUGUCUGUAUAUUUAAUGAAGGAGAAAUUGCAGUAGCUCAUUCUGAUCGUGUUGUUCGAUUAUAUUCAUGGUGUUCAUUUAAACCAACUGAUGAUAAAUCUAAAACAUCAUCAAACAAAGUAUCAAAUUUAGGAGAAUUUAUCCUAUUAAUAAAAUGGGAAUUAGCUGGUCAGGUCAACCGAAUCGAUACAUGCCUAACACAGGAAUAUGGUCUUAUUCUUAUUGCUUCACAGCCAAGUGGAGGAUUUGCACAUUUACAUCGAAAAUUUGAAAAAUAUCACGAUAUAGUUGCACCAACAUUAACCUAUUAUCCUCCACGUGUAACAAGUUCUAAUAAUUUAGAAACACGUACAUGGCUUAUUGGUAAUGUGAAACAUUCAAAUUGUCAUAAUAACAAUACUACUACUACUACUACUAUUAACUCAAAUAAGACAUCAUGUUUACUUUGUUUAUGUACGGCUGAUGGAAAUAUGCGACUUGUCGAUCCAACAAUACAUGGUAAUGAUAAUGAGGAAUUAAUUAUAUGGUCAAUUCAAGUGCAUACACGUAGUGAAUUAUUUGCUUUGUGUAAAAUGAAAUUAACUGACGUUCAUGUCAAGCAUUUACAGCUGGUUUAUAUGCUAUAGAACCUGGUCGAAAUUCACCUGUAUUAAUCUAUUCAACAUUUGAUCGUAAUACAUUAAUUUAUUAUAAUUUAUGCUUAAAUAAUGUUGCUGCACAAAGUUUACAUAGUACCAUAUUAAAUGAUCAUAUAUUAGUGAAGAAAUUCCAAUCAAAAAAUGUUGAUCCAUAUGACUCUGCACAAUUAUCCAAAGCACUUCAUUAUAUCUUAUACGAUUUACCUAAACAAGAAACUCAUCCAUUACAAUGAGCUCAGUUGGGAAUAUCCAAAUAUGUUGUGUUUUUUUUUGUUCAAAUGAAAUAACAUAAACUCAGUAUUACUUUGUGAUAUUUCAGUUUAAUAAUUAAAUUACCUUCAAUUUAUUCAACUGAAACAAGCAUGUUUAUGUAUUGUAUUGACUUUCUACAAUAUGUAUGAUGAUGAGUUCUUUUCUAAAAAAAAAACAAAAUUGAUUCAAGCUUCUUUAUAUACAAUGAAAUUUCUUGAAUGAUUUAUCAUUCUAAAUGAAAACCUGCUUACAAACAGUGACCACUUCAUCAGUAUUAAUUCAUGAAUUACAAUGCUGUUAAAGGUACGAGGGCGGUUAUCAUUUCCCGGUUGCUCACACUGUGGAAGGGUUCUUCUAGAGGUACCUGAAAAGGAAAUAUGGUUAGAAGUGAUCUCAGUGACCUGAGAGCGUGACCGUAGUGCAUAAGAGACAACUGCUUGAAGUCGGUCACACAAUUUUUUUGCGAGUAAUUUUCGUGUUACCUCCGUACUUGUUGAGACCUUACCGCCGGCGACAGAUAUUCGUGGGAUAAGGCGAGAUGUGCAUUUCUAAGGUCGACCUUUUCUAACGCCAACCUUCCUUUGUGGGAAGAUAGCAUCACUGUUAUGCUUGUUGUCUGAAGGGAACACCUUACUGCUGUCACAUCUCUGUACAGUCAGCAGUACGACUUCGCCUUCAGACUUUGGGUUUGUUGCCUUUAGUCUUACCGCUCUUGAACCGACCUGUCUGGCAUGAUAGAACCUUGAGGAACGAUUGUUCCAGUCAGUAUAGCUUGAUUGGUCAUCACGAUAGGUAAGCGCGACCACCACAUCAUGGUAGAAACAAUACUAAAUAUCUUAGGGUAUACAUACAUUGUGGGAAAUCUCAAUAUCGAUGCUCACAUAGUAGCUUAUGAUAAAUAUGACUGACACACAUAGGUGAAAUUAGUCCUAUUGAUGAUCACGAUAAACAUCAAAU